AUGGGCCUCAACACCCACCUCUGCUCUCACGAAGAGCUGCCUGCCUGGGCAAAGGACAAUGCAUUCAUUGUCACGGGAUAUAGGCGCCCUGAGCUCUUUCGUCACGAUACCAUCGCCAAGUGCUGGGCCAGCAUUUGGUUGUAUGCUCACAAUGAGAGCGCCCACCUUCUCGACCAUCUCGGAUCCCUCCCAUCCUUCCUCCUGCCCCUGGCCCACGCCCGCAUCUUCUUCCCCUCUUCCUCCUCCCUCAAUCGCACUCCAACCCCCUCCGACUGGCUGGACAUAGCGGGCUUCACCACCUUCCUCCUCGCAGCCGUCACCUGCUUGACCCUCUCCUCGACCUUCCAUACCCUCUCCUGCCACUCCCGCCAGCUAGCAAAAAGGUGCAACGCUCUCGACUACGUAGGCAUAGUAGUCAUGAUCGUAGGCUCUUUCCUACCUGCACUACACUAUGGCUUUCACGAGCAUCCAAAAUGGCAGCUCUUCUACGGAUUGGGCAUCGUGAGCUUGGGAGGGGUGGCGGCCUGGGCCGUGCUUACCCCGCAUUACGCUACACCAGAGUACAGGCCUGUACGUACUGCCAUCUUCCUCGCCUUGGGACUCAGCGCCGUCGUACCAGUGGCGCAUGGUUACAUACUCUACGACUAUGCUACUUUGCGCCUCACCAUGGGGCUUGACUGGUUGAUCCUAUCUGGCAGCUUGUACGUGGUGGGGGCACUCACCUACGCCUGCAGGGGGCCGGAACGUUUUGCUCCUGGCAGGUUCGAUUACGUGGGGGCAAGUCACCAACUCUUUCAUUGCGCGAUUGUCGGGGCAGCGUUUGCGCAUUAUGUUUGUUUGAGGAGGGCGUGGGCCUAUUGGCACGGCGUCGGGGUGUGA